AUGUCGAAGGUUUCUAUCGGAAAUUUGAGUUGGAACACCAACAACGAUUCUCUUCGCGAGCUCUUUUCCACGUACGGCGAGGUCGUUGACACCAUCGUCAUGCGCGAUGCAGAAACUGGUCGAUCCCGUGGCUUCGGCUUCAUCACCUUCAGUAGUGAGGGAGAAGCCGCCGCCGCCGCCAAAGCUUUAGACAGAUCGGAAGUCGACGGAAGACGGGUGAAGGUUAUCGUUAGCGACAGUCGUCCCCUCUAA